UUAAAUAUGAAUAUAGAGCACUAUAAUAAAUGAAACAAUGAAGUCAUACGACUGUGACUCUUUUGGUUAAUGCUGAUUGCUAAAUUGGCUCCUGAAUUACUGAGAUCUGAAUAACACUGCUCUAGGGUGUGACUUAGGAGUUUGCAGGGCAAAGGACUUUCUAGGCACAAAGCCAGGGGAGGACGGAGUCCACACCCACUGCUGUCAAACCUAUUGCUGAGCAGAUGAAAGUGAAACUCACUUUGCUUCUGUUUCCUGGAGAAAGAAUCAUGGCUCAGGCUGCUGUGACUCUGACUGAAAAUCUCCAAAAUGAAGCCACUUGUCCCAUCUGCCUGGACUCUUUUAAAGAUCCAGUGAUCACAGAGUGCAGCCACAAUUUCUGUGGGGCAUGUAUCGAUGAAUACUGCAAGGAAUCAUCCAGGAACCUCUCCUGUCCUCAGUGCAGAAAGACAAUCCAGCCAAGAAACUUCAGGCCUAACAGGCAGCUGGCAAACAUGGUAGAAAUCGCUCUGCGGCUGGGUGUUGAAGCAGCAAAGAAAGCGCAAGAGAUUGUGUGCGAGGAGCACCAGGAAUCUUUGAAACUCUUCUGCGAACAGGACCAGAGACCAAUCUGCCUGGUGUGCAGGGAGUCCCGGGGGCACAGGGAUCACACUGUGGCUCCAAUAGAGGAGGCGGCUCAGGCCUAUAAGGAAAAGCUUCAGAGCAAUUUGUGUUUCUUACAACAAGAGAGAGAAGAAUUUGAGCCGUAUGGAGAAGAGAAAAGCGAUGAACUGCUGAGACAGACAGAAUUGGAGAGACGGAAGAUUUUGUUGGAAUUUGAGCAAUUGCAUGACUUUCUGAGUGAACAACAGUGCCUUCUUCUGGAGCAGCUGGAAGUGCUAGACGAGGAGAUUUUAAAGAGGCGGAAUGAAUAUGUCACCAAAGUUUCAGAGAAAACGUUAUUACUCAAUGAACUGAUCAGCGAGAUACAAAGGAAAUGUUCCCAACCAGCGACAGAAUUCCUGAAGGAUGUUGGCAGCACCUUGAGCAGGUGCGAGUGUGUGAAGGUCCCAACUCCAGCGCCCGUUUCUCCUGUGCUGAAGAAGAGAGUCAGCGACUUCUCUGAAAAUAAUAACCUUGUAACGGGGGUGCUGGCUAUGUUCAAAGAGAAUCUACGAGCUCAGCUGGAUAAAGAAAAAGUCAACGUGACUCUGGAUCCGGAAACAGCAAAUCCUCACCUCAUCCUGUCAGAGGAUGGGAAAAGCAUGAGACUUGGAGCGAGGCGACUGGAUGUGCCUGACAAUCCCAAGAGAUUCAUGUUGAGCCCGUGUGUCCUGGGCUCCGAGGGAUUCACAACAGGGAGACACUAUUGGGAGCUGGAGGUAGGAGAUGGGGAUGGCUGGGCUGUGGGGGCUGCCAGAGAGUCUGUGGAGAGAAACGGGCCGUCAAGGCUUCAGACGGAAGGGAUCUGGGCUGUACGGCUGGGCUGGGAUCGUCAAUAUGCAGCUCUCACUUUCCCCCCGACCCCUCUCUCACUUGAAGAGAAGCCCAGGAAGAUCCGAGUUCAUUUGGACUAUGAAGACGGGCAAGUGACCUUUUACAAUGCAGAGAACAUGGCCCAAAUCUUCAAUUUCUCUGCCUCUUUCAACGAGAAAAUCUUCCCUUACUUUUGGCUCUGGUCCCCAGAAUCAUGUAUCCAGAUGUGUCCCUGAUGGGAAUCAAGCUUCUUACAGUGGCUCUCUCAGGGGAACUUGCCUGCAGCUGGAGAAAGAGAGGAUUCAUUAAAAUAGCCCUAACUAACCGAACGCUCAGAAAUGGCCUGCUUGUAUUUCUCAUUGCAGUAAGUUCAUCUGUACUCGUUACCCAUAGCCUUGGGCUGCGUCAUCUCCUCUGUGAAUUGCCAUAACCUGUAGGGUCUACUGGAUGUUCUCUACUGCCCUUUUAAGUGUCCAUGCCAGGUUGUCACCGCUAGCAUCGUCGCUUCACUCUGCUGGCACGCUUACGUCAGGCAGGGGUGUGAUGAGGUGUAAUUUUUGACCGACACAGCUGUGCUGGCAAAAGCCCCGAGUGUAAAUGCAGCUAUACUUUCAAAUCUGCACUUUUGCCACUAGAGGAAAGGCUAAGGUUUUGUCACGGUUAUUUUUAGUAAAAGACAGGGACAAGUCUUGGGCAAUAAACAAACAGUUACGGAAGCCCAUGACCUGUCCCUGACUUUCAUUAAAAAUAACUGUGACGAAGUGGGACUGAGCCCAAGCCCUGCUGUGGGAGGGGAGGGAGGGAGGUCGGUCCAGCACCCACCGCCACUGCAGCUGACAGUUCUGGGGUUCCCCCAGUGGCUGAAAGCUGCAAUGGCCCCCUGCCCCCUGUGGUGGCUGGGAGCUCCAGGGCCCCCCCGUGGCAGCUGAGGGUUCCAGCUGGGGGUGUGGGCUGUGGGGUUGAGGAGUCUGGGGUGUAGGAAGGUGCUCUGGGCUGGGACCAAGGGGUUUGGAGGGCAGGAGGGGGAUCAGGGCUGGGGCAGGGGAUGGUGUUGCAGGUUCUGGCUGGGGGUGCAGGCUCUGGGGUGGGGCUGGGGAUGAGAGGUUUGGGGUGCAGGAGGAUGCUCCAGGCUGGGAUCGAGGGGUUUGGAGGUCUGGAGGGGGAUCAGGGCUGGGGCAGGUAGUUGGGGAGAGGCUCAGGGGUGCAGGCUCUGGGAGGCGCUUACCUCAAGCAGCUCCUGGAAGCAGCAGCAUGUCCCUUCUCCGGCUCCUAGGUGACGGUGUGGCCAGGCGGCUCUGCUGCACACUGCCCCAUCUGCAGGCAUUGCCCCUGCAGCUCCCAUUGGAGUGCCGGAGGGGGACCAAUGCGCAGCUUCCGGAAGCCAUGUGGCACAGCCUCUGACCCUGCUCCCCGGCUGGAGUACCAGAGUGGGGCAAGCCCCAGACCCCACUCCCCAGAGGGAGCUCGAGGGCCAUCUUAAAACAGCUGCGGGCCAUAGUUUGCCCACCCCUGCACUACAUCCAUCAGGAGGAGAAGGAAGAAGAGUCACAUGAAACUAAGGUGGUUUAGUAAAUUAAUUAUGGGGGGGAAUUUUUGGCUACUGUAAAGAUGACACCAAUAUUGUAUGUAAAGCUAAUUCUGUUGGGAGCCUGGGUGUCUCAGGGAACUGAUAAUGGACAUGGAACUCUUCAGCCUCCCUGUCACUGGCUUGAAUCACUACUGCAUCAAUAAUGUCCAGAAGUUGUUACCUGUUGAUGGCUGUUUGGUGGCCUGUGAAUUGAUGGGCCAAAUAUCCGUAGAACAAUUUCCAUCAGAGUUGGCUCUAAAGGCGAAGGACUACAGGAAGGAGAGUCUAGUGGUUAAGAUGCAAACUGAAGAUCUGAGUUCAAUACUCUGCUCUGCUACAGAUUUCCUGUGUGACUUUGGACAAGUCACUCAGUGCCCCAUCUGUAAAACAGGCCUAAUGGUACUUCCCUGCUUCCCCAGGGGAGUUAAGAGGAUAAAUAUAGAAUCAUAGACUUUAAGGUCAGAAGGGACUAUUAUGAUCAUCUAGUCUGACCUCCUGCACAACGCAGGCCACAGAAUCUCACCCACCAACUCCUGUAACAAACCCCUGACUUAUGUCUGAGCUAUUGAAGUCCUCAAAUUGUGGGUUAAAGACUUAAAGGUGCAGAGAAUCCUCCAGCGAGUGACCUGUGCCCCAUGCUGCAGAGGAAGGCAAAAACCCCCCAGGGCCUCUGCCAAUCUGCCCUGGGGGAAAAUUCCUUCCCGACCCCAAAUAUAGCGAUCAGCUAAACCCUGAGCAUGUGAGCAAGACUCACCAGCCAGACACCCAGGAAAGAUAUGCUCAAGAUGAUGAGGUGCAAACAUAACAGUGAUCGGAGGCCAGAUCAAUACCUGCAAUAGAUAGAAAGACUCCAUGAGGCACAGAGAUUUAAUUACCCUUUCAAUCCAAGGUGUGGUCCCCUCAGGAGCAGGACUGAAGCAUGUCAGCAGGGCAGGGAGGGUUGACAAUGCUGCUGUCUGUGCUAUACACACAGAUUGUCAGUCUCUCGGGUCGCUAAUGUGGUUCCUUUCACAGGCCCCCAAUGCAUACCCGAUAGUAUUUUAGACCCCCCUCUCUCCUUCUCUGCUUAUGCUUUUCAACAGGUUUGUAGCUGUAGUAAAACAAAA